AUGUCAGCAGACGAUCCAACACGGAUGACACGACAAUAUGGAUUCAUGGACAUUUUCUCAGAGCCCAACAUCCGAAAAAUAAGUCUGAUUAUGUUUCUUAUAUGGUUAACCGCAUCCCUAGGAUACUAUGGAAUGUUUCUUGAGUUUGUAGUUUACUUAAUAUUGUUUUUCUCUAUUACACGGUUGUCUCGAAAACAUUUGGUGGCCAGUUUCCUUUUAAUCGGAGCCAUUUGCUGUGUGACAGGCCAGUUGAUACCUUCCAGCAAAAGCACAGAGGUCUUGUCAUCUGCUUUUAUGAUCAUCGGCCGUUGUGCAUACGCUGGACUUCUGUGCACUCUGUUCGUCUACACAGCAGAACUUUUCCCAACCGUUGUCAGAAAUAUUGGCCUUGGAUCCUGUUUGUGCUGGAGCCGUAUUGGAAGUAUUUUAUCUCCACAAAUUGUUGUCAUUAAUCAAUAUCUUCACCCUACCCUCCCAUUCAUCAUUCUUGGCGUCCUGUCAUUCAUCUCGGCUGGACUCUCCUUGCUGCUUUCUGAAACUAGAGACACCAAGCUGCCAGACAACAUUGACGAUCUUAACCAAAAAUAUAUGCAUAACAUCCCAGUGAUAAUAGUCAUCGAACCAGAGGACAGUCCACCGCAGACGACCACAAUGGUCAACGGUACAGGCACUACAAAUGGUACAACCACUACAGCAAUAAUACCAUCCGGCUCACCCGCCCUGGCUAUAAGUGCCAAUGGUUCGACACUGCCCACUACCGAACUCUGA